UAUGAGAUAAAAUAUGUUGAAAGCCAGCAAGGGUUGGUAUGACUCAGUUCAUCAGUGUGCAAUGAACCUGCUUCUCAUACGGAUCAGCAUGAAGUCUUUGGUCUUAUGUUUGUUGGUGGUAGCUUGCCACGGCUCGACUGUGAGGCAGCAGCGUCGGUUCCCCAAUGACUUCAUCUUUGGAGCCGCUACAGCCUCCUACCAGAUCGAGGGAGGAUGGGACGCGGAUGGCAAGGGUGAAAGUAUCUGGGAUAGGUUAGUCCAUACCAACCCAACAGUCAUACAAGACUUAACCAACGGUGACGUCGCUGCUGACUCCUACCACAACUACAAGCGCGAUGUUGAGAUGAUGAGGGAGUUAGGUCUGGAUGCUUACAGGUUCUCCCUCUCUUGGCCUCGGAUCCUCCCUACAGGAAUGGCCAAUGAGGUCAACCCAGCUGGUUUAGCUUACUAUAAUAACCUUAUAGACGAAAUGUUGAAAUACAACAUCACCCCAAUGGUCACCCUCUACCACUGGGAUCUUCCCCAAAAACUGCAGGACUUGGGGGGAUUUAUGAACCCCUUGUUUGUUGAUUGGUAUGAAGACUAUGCGAGGAUUGUCUUCGAGAACUUUGGAGAUAGAGUUAAGCUGUUCAUCACGUUCAACGAGCCUAGAGAGAUCUGCUUUGAGGGUCUUGAAGAUAUGAACAAGGCUCCCCUUCUGAAUACCACCGGUAUCGGAGUUUACUUGUGUGCUAAGCACUUGGUUUUAGCAAACGCUAGAGCCUAUCACUUAUAUAACAAUGAUUUCAAGCCAACUCAGGGCGGACAGUGUGGUAUUACAAUCAGCGUGAACUGGUUUGAAGCAGAUACUGACUCUGUUGAAGAUUUGGCGGCUGCUGAGCUUAUGAGGCAAGCUCAGUGGGGUAUUUACGCUGAGCCAAUAUUUUCGUCUGAAGGAGGUUUCCCAAAAGAAUUCUCGGAAAGAAUAGCAGAGAAAAGUGCACAACAGGGAUUUUCUCGCUCCCGUCUACCUGAAUUCACUGAAGAGGAGAAAGCUUUUGUCAAGGGAUCAGCAGACUUCUUCGGCGUAAACCAUUAUACCACUGUGAAAGUGUCAGCCACUAAAUCCAAGCAAUUCUUUUCAGCGCCAUCUAUGAUGGAUGAUGUAAAUGUUGGAUCUUAUAUUCCUGAGGAAUAUCCUGCAUCAGCUUCUCCUUGGUUGAAACUGGCUCCGAACAGCAUCUACCACGCCCUAAUUCACCUGAAAGAGAAGUACAAUAGUCCAACGUUCUAUAUCACAGAGAACGGAUGGUCAACCUACCCUGACAGUGGCCUGAUUGAUGAUGACAGGAUAACUUACUACAGAGCUGCGUGGGAGAGUGCCCUCAAUGCUCUGGAUGCUGGAGUCAACCUGAAGGGGUACAUGGUGUGGAGUUUGUUGGAUAACAUGGAAUGGCUGGAGGGAUACAUCGCAUGUUUCGGCCUGUACCAAGUGGACUACCAAGUCCCAGCUCGCACACGCACCGCUAGGAAGUCCGCGUUUGUCUACAAGCACCUCAUCAAGAAUCGCUACAUCGAUUACGAAUAUGAACCGGAGUCUUUAACCAUGACCAUUGAUGACGGAUUUUCACUGUAA